CCCGAGGCUCCCGUGGCCGGGAAUCUGGGAGGGCCUGGAGAGGCGCCAGGCGGCUAGCCUCGCCACAACUUGCCCAGAACAGACAGGCCUCAUCCUACGUCCUGGAAGAAGGAGCUGGCCCGCCGCUUCCCGCCCGGCUGCUCCUCGGCCUCCACGGGCCCGCCCGUGCCAGCAGCGCCCCUGGAGUCUGCGUCCCCAGCCUCGCCCCUGUCCGCCUGCAGCGCCCGGCGCCCGCCCGCCCAGGAGCGCGCAGCUGGGGCAGCUCCCAGAAGACCUCGAGAAUGAGAGGCCUGAGGUCUACGAAUUGCUGCUAGAAAUAGUUCAGCCUCUCCAGAAAACAGAAUGCAGCUGCCACACAAGUUUGUAAGGGCCCUGGGCGCACGCUGACCGCGAGCUGGCCGGCUCGCGCUUUGCUCCAGGUGCACGCGCCGGGCGUUGCCAUUAACAACGGCCUAGACGCCCAGGCCUUAGCCCGCCGCCACCGCCCGGAACCCGGCCUUCUCCCAGCUCCGAGGGGUGAGGCGGCCCGGCCCGGGUAGACGGGACUGCCCCCACCUCCGAUGCCGGCAGAGGCGGCGGAUUUGCUUCCAAGCAUGCCCCUUCAGAAUCACGUCUACUGCUCGCUCGCCCACGGCCUGGAGAGACCCGCCUCCGCAGCUGUCUCGUUGGGCGGGGCCGCCAUGGCCUGCGGCCCCGCCACCGCGGCUUCGGGCCCCCUGCCGUUCUUCCAGUUCCGCCCGCGGCUGGAGAGCCUGGACUGGCGGCGGCUGAGCGCCAUCGACGUGGACAAGGUGGUAGGAGCCGUGGACGUGCUCACGCUGCAGGAGAACAUCAUGAACAUCACCUUCUGCAAGCUGGAGGACGAGAAGUGCCCGCAAUGCCAGUCGGGGGUGGACCCUGUGCUGCUGAAGCUCAUCCGCCUGGCGCAGCUCACCAUCGAGUACCUGCUGCAUUCGCAGCAGUUCCUCACCUCGCAGCUGCACAGCCUGGAGGAGCGGCUGCGCCUGAGCCGGGCCGAGUGCGAGCAGAGCAAGAAGCUCCACACCAAGCAGGCCGGUGAGAUCAAGUUACUCAAGGAAGAGUGUAAACGGAGGAAAAAGUUGAUCUCCACCCAGCAGCUGAUGAUUGAGGCCAAAGCCGGCUAUUACCAGUGCUGUUUUUGUGACAAGACCUUUAUGAACCAAGCUUUUCUACAAAGUCAUAUUCAGCGCCGCCACCCUGAAAAUUCUCAUCUUGCAGAGUAUAAGACAAGGGCACAGACUGUCAAGCUCCAGAAUGAGGUCGACAUAUUGCAGGAGCAGCUGCAGCUCACCAGGUCCCAGCUAGAGGCUGCACAGCGUGCCCAUGCAGUCAGAUUCUCUAAGGAAUAUGAAAUGCAGAAAACAAAAGAGGGAGAAUUUCUGAAGUUAUUUGAUAGAUGGAAAGAAGAAGAAAAGGAGAAACUAGCUGAUGAAAUGGAAAAAGUCAAGGAAAUGUGUAUGAAGGAGUUUAAAGAACUAACUUCUAAGAUUUCAUCAUUAGAAUAUCAAUUGUCAGAAAUCCAGAAGUCCUAUAUGGAGAUCCAGUCUAACAUAGGCACAUUAAAAGAUGCACAUGAGUUUAAAGAAGAACGUCCUCAGUGUCCCCAGGAUUUCCAAAAUGUGAUGCAACUUCUUAGUAGUCAGGAAAGCAAGUGGACAGCUCGAGUUCAGGCUCUUCAUCAAGAUCACAAGAAAGAGAAGAGGCAGCUCCUGUCACGUGUAGAGAAACUUCGAGCCUCAAUGAUAAAUGAGCUAAACACAAGUAAUGUGUUCCACAAGAAAAGGAUAAAAGAGCUAGGGAAGAGCCUCCAGGAGCAGAACGAGCUCAUCGUCACGCAGAGACAACAGAUUAAAGAGUUUACCAGUAAACCAUUGAACGGUGUCGGUGAACCCAGAGGGAAUCCUUUAACCUCGCAAACUUUUGAAUCUAAGCCAACUACCCCAACUGUACCUAUGAAUGCCCCAGCCCCACAGACUUUGGAUGCUAAGUCAAGUCUAACAAUGGCACAUGAACAGGCAGUCUCAUCACACAUACUGGAACCAAUAGAAGAACUUCCAGAGGAAGAAAAAGGAAAGGAAAAUGAACAGAAAUUAAAUAACAAGAUAUGUUUAAGGAAAAAUUUGAAGACUAACCCUUCCCUCAUUAAGGAAAUAAGAACAGUCUUCAAGCAGCGUUUGGUGGAGAAACUGGAAGCCUUGGGGAUUAGUGCAGAUACACGCAGUAUUCCAAGUGACCACUUGAAUAGAGUGCUAACAACCGUAGAAUCAGUAAGACAUGAACGAGAAAGACAAAUACCUAACCUUCAGCAAAUUCGUGAAUUCCUUGAACAUCAGGUCAGCCGUAAAGCUGAGGAGAGAACACUACUGUCCACAGCCAGGUCCAGUGCUUCUCAAGUGGACACUCUUUCAACUGGAGAAAUACCCAAAGCAAUACCUCUUCCUCCCAAAAGCAGACAGUUGGUUAGACAAAGACCUGUUUCUACCGAUAGGACAUCUGUUCCAAAGACCUCUCUUUUCAGUUCAGAGGAAGAGCUGGAUAUUGAAGACCUCCAGGCCUGUGCCUCGCCAGACUUACUUCCUGUGCAGUCAUCUAAAAGCAACAAGAAUAGCUUUGGAAGGAACACCGUCAAAAGUGACACUGACUGGACCAAGGGAAGUGAAGUGAAGGACUCUGCUAUUUCUCCCAAGCCCACAGGAACCUCCAUUAAAACAUUAACUGGAAAAGUUGAAAAGACAGUUUCAAAUCACAGAAGUGUGAAUAAGCCAGUUGGUGGGCAUAAUGUUGCUGAGACGUUCAUCGAAAAAGCACAAAAAGAAGAUCUAAAGUGUGUAGAUGUGGACGAUGAUGACUGGGACAUAUCAUCCUUAGAGGAAGAGAAAUCUUUGGGGAGAAGAAUUGGAAGAGAACAGAAGGAACCUCCACCUGUGAAGAAUGAGUCAAAUUCUACUCAAGUGCCAAUUGCCUGGGCUGAAACUAACCUGAAAGGGCCAAAGAGAGAAGGACCUCAGGAUGAAUCCGGCCUAUUGCAAAGCAGCAUAGUAACCCUGACCAAUUGGAGUGACUCUUCAGAUGUGUAACUGUCACCCCACGCAUCAGGAGGCCCUCCCAGACGCCAGCAGUAUUGCAGGAUCACAGUAUUUCAGUACUGCCUACACGACUCUAACGCUUCUGCUUGGCAGCAUCUCCUACAAUAAUAAGGAAGCUGACUCUCAAAGAACAAGAGUCCCUUUAGUGGCACCUAAUGCAGUUAUUACAAAACAAACUGUCAGCAGUAUUUUGAAGCAUAUAAAGGUGUUUAAGACGGCUGCUGCUUAAAAACAACGUGUCACUGAAGUCAUCAAAAGUUUUUUCUUCAGAACGGUACUCUAGUGUUUAAGUGUAUUUUUUUUCCAACUAAUCUUUAAGUGAAUUUUUUUAAAACUUCUUAUAGCAGGUUUUGGUUUGAAUUAAAACCUUUUUUAUAUCUUUCUUAUGUAUGUUGUCACGUUGGAAGUGUUUUAUUAUAAAGUUCUGUUAAUAUCCUUAAAAUUGAAUUAGUGGAAUCAGUGAAAUCUUAAGAGUAGAUUAUUUAUUUUUCAUAUAGAAGUAAGUUUAGCAUUAUAAAAAUAUAGCUAGGCCCACGUUAGAUAACUCCAUUUUCCAGAAGUACUUUUACCAUAUGCAGCUUUGAGCCAUUGUAAGCAUGUUGUUUUAUUUUAGAACGUUAAAUACCAUUUCUGUGGCAUCAUCUUUACCUUGGAUAUUUUAUGAAUAAAAUGUAGCCAGUUUAAAUGUCAGUUAAUUUAUCGCACUAUAAACAGAAUAGAUCGAGUCAAUACUGAAUUCAUGUGUCUGUAGUUUUUUUCACUUUUUUAAAAUGCCCAACCUGUAUUCUAAAGUACCUCAAAACUUAGUUUUGUUCUUAACAAUGACAUUGUCAACAUUCAAAAAGUUCAUAUAAACUGUUUUCUGCAUUUUUUGUACUUUGUAGUACUAUCUGUACUCUGUUUCCAAAAGAAAGUUACAUUUUAACUAAAUGGUUUUUUGGAUUUUGGAUCUUUCUUCAUUUUGCCAACCUUUCAAGUAAA